GCAGCAGCAGCAACUCCUAUCAUAUCACCCAUCUCCUUUAGUUAUAUUUUGCUCUUCUUUCUUUUUGUUCAUAGCUUUGUAAUAAACAGUCUUACUUCUCGCAAGGCUCAAUAAGAGGAGAUGGGUGAAACCGCUGCCGCCAACAACCACCAUCACCACCACCAUCACGGCCACCAAGUCUUUGACGUGUCCGUCCCACAACAACCAGCUUUCAAAUGCUUUGACGAUGACGGCCGUCUCAAAAGAACUGGUACUGUUUGGACCGCAAGUGCUCAUAUAAUUACAGCAGUGAUCGGUUCAGGCGUCCUCUCGCUUGCAUGGGCCAUUGCUCAGCUUGGGUGGAUAGCUGGACCUGUGGUGAUGCUAUUGUUCUCGUUUGUUACUCUAUACACUUCAACACUUCUCAGUGAUUGCUACAGAACUGGAGAUGCAGUCUCCGGCAAGAGAAACUACACUUACAUGGAUGCAGUUCGAUCCAUUCUCGGUGGGUUCAAGUUCAAGAUAUGUGGACUGAUUCAAUACUUGAAUCUCUUUGGUAUCGCUAUCGGUUACACAAUAGCAGCAUCUAUAAGCAUGAUGGCAAUCAAGAGAUCGAACUGUUUCCACAAGAGCGGAGGAAAAGACCCAUGUCACAUGUCGAGCAACCCUUACAUGAUCAUCUUCGGUGUGACAGAGAUCUUGCUCUCUCAGGUUCCUGAUUUCGACCAGAUUUGGUGGAUCUCCAUUGUAGCAGCUGUCAUGUCCUUCACUUACUCAGCCAUUGGUCUAGCUCUAGGGAUCGUUCAAGUUGCUGCAAAUGGAGUGUUCAAAGGAAGUCUCACAGGAAUAAGCAUAGAAACAGUGACUCAAACGCAGAAGAUAUGGAGAACCUUUCAAGCACUUGGAGAUAUUGCAUUUGCUUACUCAUACUCUGUUGUCCUAAUCGAGAUUCAGGAUACUGUAAGAUCCCCACCAGCAGAAUCAACAACGAUGAAGAAAGCUACAAAGAUCAGCAUAGCAGUCACCACAAUUUUCUACAUGCUAUGUGGCUCAAUGGGCUACGCCGCCUUUGGAGACGCAGCACCAGGAAACCUCCUCACGGGUUUCGGAUUCUACAACCCGUUUUGGCUCCUCGACAUAGCCAACGCCGCCAUUGUAGUCCACCUCAUAGGAGCUUACCAAGUCUUCUCUCAGCCCAUCUUCGCAUUCGUUGAAAAAUCAGUCUCAGAGAGGUUUCCAGACAAUGACUUGCUCACCAAGGAACUCCAGAUCAAGAUCCCAGGGUUUAGGUCUCCAUACAAAACAAACGUUUUCAGGGUAGUUUUCCGGUGCUGCUUCGUCGUUCUAACCACCGUGAUAUCGAUGCUAAUGCCGUUUUUCAACGACGUGGUUGGGAUCUUGGGAGCCUUAGGGUUUUGGCCAUUGACCGUUUACUUCCCGGUGGAGAUGUAUAUAAAGCAGAGGAAGGUGGAGAAAUGGAGCACGAGGUGGGUUUGUUUACAGAUGCUUAGUGUUGCUUGUCUUGUGAUCUCGGUGGUCGCUGGAGUUGGAUCAAUCGCUGGAGUAAUGCUUGAUCUUAAGGUCUACAAGCCCUUCCAGUCUACUUAUUGAUGAUUGAUGAUGAGUAUGGACCAAGAACAAAAGAAAAGUGGUGUAUAAAGCUUAUUGUUUAUAGUAAGCAUUUGGAAGAAAAAAGAAAUUGAAAAUGUGUAUAAUGUAAGUUAUCAUUUCGUAUGGUAUCAUCUUUGUAAUAAAAUUUAUGAAAUAUGUUAUAUAAACCAUGUAAGCAAAGUAAAACA